AUGCGUUCUAAUUUUGCUCUCCUUUCACUGAGCAUUCUGAUAAGCUCAGCGGCAGAUUAUGCUCAGGCCGCCAAAACCUGCCAGCCGUGCCAUGGACCCUGCGCGGCCGCUGUACGCCCAGGCUCCUCAUUCAACCAGAACCAUGACACGGCAGCCGACUGCGCUGCGUUUCUAAGCGGAAGCGGGAGUAUUCCUGAUUCUGGAUUUACUACUACACCUGAAUCUACCUCUACACCGGAGCCUACUUCCACGCUUGGAUCUACUUCUACGCUUGGAUCUACUUCUACGCUUGAAUCUACUUCCACACCCGAAUCUACUUCCACACCCGAGUCUACUUCUAAGCCUGAGUCUACUUCUACGCCUGAGUCUACAACCAUAGCUCAAUCUACCACCGCGCCUGACUCAACGUCAACAUUGGCAAAUAUACCAACUGCUUACCCCCGUAUUAUCGCGACCGAUGUCAUCGGCGGUGCGUCUCACGAACUUAAGCUCGUCAAGCAAACGUCUACCUUUUACCUGACUUACGCUACCACCGCCACACAAUACGCUCCUGCCGACGGCGUGCCUUACUUCCUGGACCCUGUCACGGGCCGUUUGUCCAUUACACUCUCGCCUGGCUUAAGCGGCGAUGUUCAAACGUACUUUUUCGCCUAUAAUACUCCUCUACCCACUGGCAGCGGUUAUAUCGGCCAGUGGAUGCUCGCAUCAGACAUUGCUGCCACUCCCGCCAGGCGCUACGUGCGUUGUACGCGUAACACGAGUGGCGAGUUGGCCUGUCUCUCUGAAGCUGAUUCAGCCCUCUUGUUCCUCCACACUGCUACUGCAUUCAAUAUUUACAUAGGAAGUCCUCCGGCCGCAGGAAACUCUGUUGCUGUAACUCUAUCAUUGCCUCUUGCCUGA